AUGGCCGUGCGUCGCUUGCCCGAGCUGCGCCGGGUGAGUCUGCGCCCCACCCGGGACCCCGGACCCCGCUGCCGCGUGUCCCCUCUAUACAUCCACCUCGGAAUCUGCAUCGCCCGGGCUCGGUCGGGGUCCGCUCGGCGCCGCCCCGAAACCCCCGGUGGGACCUGCCUGCCUGCGCCCCCGCCCUGGGCCCGCGCCGCGCCCAGAGUGCGGAUCCCGGGUCCCCGCGUCCCGGUUCGGCGCUGGUGGCUGCGCUGGCCCAGGCAGUCGCUGUCCCCGCUGCUGGGGACCUGCGUCCUGUCCCGGGGCCGCACCGCGCGCCCUGUUCCCGAGCGGGCACCAGGAAUCGCGGGAUCGGGGGUCCCCCGAGCGGGCAGAGACCCCGAACGAGGGGCGCCUUUGCCCCUCCUGCUGUGCGAGCCGCCCAGGACCACUGUCCCAAAGCUGUCGCCUGCUUCUCAGGAAGGGAAGAACGCCAGGGCAGUGGGGGAAGAGGUCAGAGGGGCGCUGCCCUUGCAGCUCCCCUACCACCUGCCAGGGUCCGCCGGGCAGAGGUCUACACCCACGGCCCCAGGGCGAGGCUCUCCGGGAUUCGCGGGCUGUGCCUACGACCUCCCGAGUAGGGGCCCAGGGUCCUGCCUUCCAGGCGCAGGGAGGGGGCAGGGAUGUACUGCAGCGCGACUGUCCUCCAGGGCACCCGAGGGUCCAGGCCCUGGCAUGCCCCGGAGUGGCACCUGCUGGGGCCUGCUGGGGCUUCACCCCGUGCCGUCAGCUGGUGUAUGGGUGGACAGAUCUCCCUAAAUUACCCAGGCUGGGCUCCAAC